AUGUCGAUGGAUGCAGCCUUGUUUUUCCCGCGCGACGCGGCGCCUCCCUGGCGGCACUUGUGCGGCCACGGCUGCUUCAUUCGGGGCGCGCGGCGCAGUGGCAAGACGUCGUUUGCCUUUCAGGCGGCCGUGAACACCGUGCGGGGCGGGGGCCGUGCGGUGGUGCUCUGCCAGGAACACGUGCUGUAUUCCAAAAUGCCGCGGCCCUUCACGCCUCUGGGGGACCUUGACGAGGCCGCCCUCCUGCGCAUGGAGUUUCUGUACGUGGAGAGCCUCGCCGACGCCUUCCGUGAGGUGGCCGCGUGGAGCACGCCAGAGGAUGCCCCCGCGCUUGUGAUUCUCGACGACGACAGCUUUGCAGAUGCGGGGGAUGCGCGGCGGACGGCGCAGAUGCUUUCGGCGCUGGAGAACGUGCAUGCGUGGCUGACGCGCUGUGGGAGGUGCUUCCACUACGUGCUCGUCUCCAACAGCUUCCCGGAGCGUGGGCAGGGCGUCGAGCUCCCCUUCGCCGCCUUUCCGCUGCUGUGCCUUCUCUUUGGGUCGGCCGGGUCGGUGUCGGUGCAGACGCUGGAGGACGACACAGCGGAGGCAAAGCCGCUGCGGCUGGCGUGGCACGACGGGCUUCUGCUGGAGAAGUGA